CACAGAGCGAUCGAAGCGCCCUCUCUCUCGACGGUGGUGAAAGUAACUAAAUCGAAACUCGUUGCUGCUUGCUGCUGCACCGCACGUCGUGCAUGUACACACUCCAAUGGCGUUCUUGCUGUAAAUUUGUUUAUCGAAGUAACCGCUCCUAUUUUGAGGACCUGUCAUGUACAACGGUAUUGGUCUAAGUACAGCCCGAGGCUCUGGUACAAAUGGUUAUGUACAGCGUAACUGGGCUUCUGUACGACCCAAAGAAAAGACAAAGUACAAAACUGAGGAAGAUCUAGAAAAGGCAGAAGCUGCUGCCAAUAAACAGCCCAACAAGGAAAUCCUUGAUCAUGAGAGGAAAAGGAAAAUUGAAGUUCGGUGUGAAGAAUUGCGACAAGCACUCGAGGAUCAAGGGUACACUUCAGAAGAAAUCAAUGAGAAAGUAGGCCAUUUUCGCAAGCUGCAAACUGAUGGAAAGAAGUCCGAAACAAAACGUGACGACCAUGGGCGUGUUGAUGUUCGUGAAACCCAUGAGAUUGCCGAGGCUCAGCAAGAAAAGAAUGCCAAGCUAAGAGAUGCCUUUGGGAUAUCAGAGUACUUCAUCGAAGGAAGCAGUCUGGAUCCACAGCGUCUAGCCAAGGAGCAGGCUGCGAAGGAAGCGGCCAAGGAGGCUGCUAAAGAAGCUGCUGCAACUGACCCAAAGAAAUAUGCUCUUGUGAGAACACCAAGCCCUGAGGUGGAGAAGCCUGGAAAGAAACGCAAAAGGAAAAAUCGGGAGAGUUCUUCUAGUCCAGAGCCUAAGAAGAAGAAGAAAUCAAAAAAGCAUAAAAAGGAUAGCAGGUCGGAGUCUCCCAAAAGAAAGAAGAAAGACAAGAAGAAGAGCAAGGAUGAUAGCAAGAAAAAGAAGAAGAAGAAACAUCAUUCAGAAAGUGAAGACUCAAGUGACUCAAGUGACGACUCGGAUGCCUCAAUCUCCUCCGAGGACAUGAAGAAGAAAGAAAAGAAGGAUAAGAAGAAAUCUAAAGAAAAGAAGAAGUCAAGCAAACAUGAGAAGAAACGGGAAUCAAAGAAAAAGCACCAUGCAUCAUCAGACAGCGAUUCAGAUGAGGAAAAGGACCACCAUUCAAGAAAACUUAAGACAGAUGACUCCUCCCGUAAGAAGGACAAGAAAGAAGAUAAGAAGAAAAAUGAUAGCAGUAAGAAGAAAGAAGAUUUAAAUGAAACGAAUAGAGAGCAUGAGAGGCGCAAUGAUACUCGAUCCAAGCGUAACCAUGAGGAGAACAAGGAGGACAACCGCAUGAGACAUGGUGACAAACACAAAAGAAGCAGAAGAAAUUCAGAAAAUGAGAAUGAAAAUGAAUCGAUGGAUAGAGAAAAGAAGUCCAGAAAAAAGUCUCGAAGCCCUAGUGAAACCCGUUUGAAGCAGCGUCCUGGGUCCAAAGAUGUAAAACAAACCGAGUCAGGCCGAAAAAGGCCACAUGAAGAGAAGCGCAAAAACACGAAAGAUGACUCAGACAACGAAAGAGCAAAGAAGCGCUCCAAGAGGCAUGCAGCCAGCAGCUCCUCUGAUGACAGCAGCAGUUCAGAUGAGGAAGAGGAGCUGAAGCGGAAGAGAGGCAAGGAGAAGGACUUGAGGAAAGACAGGGACAGGCCCAUGAAGGGCAAGGAGCCCGAGAGCAGACCCGAGCCCACUGCUCGAAGAAGCCGCUCGCCGCCGCCCCACGCGGACAGGGACAAGGAGAAGGACCAGCGCCACGGCCGGGAGGCUCUCCGUCGGCCCUCACCUCGCCGAUCACCGGCCAGGAGGUCGCCCGCUCGCAGGCCCUCGCCUCCCGCGCGCCGCCAGUCGCCGCGCCGCGGGUCCAGGCACUCGCCGACCAGGUCGGCCUCCAGGAGGUCCCCGGCAAGGAGGUCGCCCCGCCGUUCGCCCCGUCGCUCGCCGCGCAGGCCGUCCCCUCGCUCCGUGCGCUCGCCGCCGCGAAGAGGGUCCCCGCGGAGAGCGUCGCCGCGCAGAGCAUCCCCGCGAAGAGGGUCCCCGCGGCGGGACCGCGACCGGUCUCCGCGCAGGUCGGCGUCGCCUCGGGCGUCGCGCUCCAGAGGCAAGCAGUACCGAAGGCAGUCCCGCAGCGCCAGCCGCAGCGGCAGUCGGGGUAGGGGCAGGUCCAGGGACAGGUCCAGGGACAGGUCCAGGGACAGGUCCAGGGGCAGGUCCAGGGACAGGUCCAGGGGCAGGUCCAGGGACAGGUCCAGGGACAGGUCCAGGGACAGGUCCAGGGACAGGUCCAGGGACAAGUCCAGGGACAGGUCCAAGGGCGGUCGCAACGCGCGCGGCAGAAGCUCCUCGCGCAGCCUGAGCUACUCCCCCGUGCGCAAGUACCCCGAGCGGUACAGGGACAUCCUGGAGGGCAAGCCGCGCCAGGACCGCCAGGACCGCGACGACAAGAAGGAGAAGGCCGUGUCCGUCAACACCAAGGUGGUGCCCAGGGUGAACCUUCGGGACUCUGGCAGCGAGUCCGACUCGGACUCGAGUGACUCGGACGUGGGCGCCGCCAUGGUGAAGAAGGGCCUGGACAAGGACCUGCAGGCCCUCAACAUCCUCAAGUCGGGCCUGGCCGCCAAGGCCAAGGAGGCCAUCGAGAAGAAGAUGCCCAAGCCAAUGCCGCCCGCCUCCACACCUGCCGCUCUGGCGCGGCCGGAUUCCCCCGGGAAGAAGGAGCGAGUAGAGAGGAUGCUGGCGGCGGUGGGCGUGACGCCCGGCGUGACGCCCGGCGUGACGCCGGUCUCCGAGAUCUCCCUCCCGGAGAAGCCCAAGCCCCCCAAGCUCAAAAUCAAGCCCGACCCAGAUGCGGAGGAGAGGCCACCCGUGGUGCAGGUGGUGCAGGCGGCGGCAGUGCAGGCAGUGCAGCUUCCCAAGACGAAGCCCUUCCAACUCAAGGACACCAAGAAGCUGGCCCUGUUCGGUCCCAACAAGCAGCCCCUGGGCCUGGCGUCCAAGAGUCCCGAGCGUCCCGAGGCUGUGAGCAGGCCACUUCCCUCCCCACCCAAGGCGCCACCCAAGGUGGCUCCAUCCAUUGCUACUCCUGCCGAGAGUGGCCCGACUCCAAACGCUUCCGACGUACCUGUAGCCGCACCUACUACGAAUGGAUCCGCACAGCGGGCUAGGGUCAAGAGGUCAUCAUCUAGCAGUAGUGGACACAAGUCAAGAAGUAGUUCAGAAUCAUCAUCAGCUUCUUCAGGAAAGUCACACAGUCGAAGUGGCUCAUCAUCCUCUAGUAGUAAAUCGAGAUCUCCAUCCCACAGCAGAUCUCGCUCUUCAAAGUCUCGAUCUCCAUCUGCUAAGUCUCAUUCCCGGAGAUCACGAUCUAGAAGUAGGUCCCAUUCCAGGAGUCAUUCAAGAUCUCAUAGCAGGCAUUCUUCCAGCAGCAGGAGUGGAAGUCGCAGUGGAAGUGGAAGUAGCCAUAGUAGCCGUGGAAGUGCAAGACGAAAUGGCACUAAGGACAGGAAGUCUCGCUCCCCCUCUAUUCCUAGGCGCCAUGGCUCCCCAAGUUUCUUAGACAGACGACGUAUAACAAGUGCCCGCAAACGUCCAAUACCAUAUCAACGUUCUAGCCCACUGGGCAGUGGAAGUGACUCAGAUGAUGAUAGUGAUAGCCGUAGCUCACGGUGGUCUGGAGGAAGCCGUAAUGGAAGCAAUGUAACCACACAACGCUAACACAAUAAAUUUUAGGCAGAAAAUCAAGCUACGCUUCUUAAUGUUGUGUUCUUGCAACGCUUGUGAAUGGGAGGAGUAGUGGCUGAAGAUUGUUUGUUGAGGAAGUUUCAAUCAAAAGUUAUUACAUUGUCUCCUCUUGCAUAGAAAAAUUGAGUACAAAUCAGAGUCUUCAUAUGUUUUGCCAAAGGUUUGAUCUGACAUCUAGCAGUAAUAAUGUGGCAAAGUUGGAAUGAUUAAGUCUCAUGUUAUGUGACGUGUUUCAUAUUAUCGAUAUUAUGCUUUUUAAAGAGCUUAUUGUGCUGAAAUUAUGUGAUACAUAAAGAACCUGUAAAUUAUCAGGAAAGUCCAAAGAAUUUCUAGUGUAAAAAAGAUGACAAAAAUCAAGCUGCCUCUCUUGGGGGACAAAUUCAUUGCAAAGGGUGCAAUUCUUGCUCCUAAAUUAAGCCUAUCUUAUUACUUAUUGAACUGUUAUUUAUGUGAGUUACCAAAGAAACAGACGAAGCCAUUAACAACUGGUUUCAAAGGUUUCCUUAACUUUACUAAUUUUUAAGAUUAAAAUAUGUUGGUGGAAAAACUUCUUCUCAUGGCAGAUGGAUUUUGAACUGUGUUAGUCAAAUGAAUUAUGUAAGUGGGUACCACAUCCUCAUUCCAGAAGGACGAUUUAUGAAAAAAUUAGGGUCCCUCAGACCAAGGUUGUCUGGAUUCUGAAGGGAGCUACUGUAUCCUGAAAAUAUGUAGCGUGUUUGACAACACCUUCUGAAGGCUGAAGAUCUUUCAAGAAUGCAUCUAAGGAAACGAAAAUUUGAACAAGUUUAUGGGCACAUUAUUGCUGGAGAGAAUUAGGUGCAUUUACUGUUUGUUUUUUAAUUUAAGUGUUGUUUUUAGGUUUUUUUUUCUUGUACUUGUUUAUGAAUAAUGCUCUAGUCAGAUCUCUUCUUUAUAAUUUUAAGAAAAAAGAUUGUUUGGUUUACAGUGUAUUGUAGGAAUAAUUGCCUAAAAUUUGAUGUUUUGUUAAUGUGUUCUAGUCUUUAAUUGUGAUAUUUUUGCCUUUUACUUAUUUAUUGAAAGCUAUUUAUUGGCAUAAAGAAUUUGCGUCACAUGGGAAAUUGAGGAAAUUAACUGAAUUGGUGACAAUACAUUUAGAAUGUAGAAGUUGUGAAGGAAAUGGAGUAGAUAAAAUGGAAAUAGUUUUGAAUUUCUUACCUAUUCUACAUUUCUGCAAAGUGCAGCUGAACACCAACAUUAAAGCACAGAUCUAAUAACAA